AUGUCCAAUGCGCCUGGCGCCUCUACAUCAUCACGCAAGACGUGGAAGAGCCGCUGGGUAGCAUACGGCCGCACGAGUUACGGCGGAAACCCCGUCACACAGCAGACUCUUCCCUCCUUCUUCUUGUACGCCACACCGUACGUCGUCAUUCCUGUCUUCGCCGUCGUUGCGGUGGUCUUCAUCGCGUUGGGUGUAUAUUUGGUUCUGGAGCGUGACCGCCACUACGAGGUGCGGCAGACGUACAGCGACAUACACCGCUACCAGUACGUGCCCACAGACCCCAACAUCAACGUAAACCAGGGCAUCCGCAGCUUUGUGGUGGGUAACACUACACACACACAGGGCACACGCACACGCGUCACACUGGAAGUGCUUCAGACACUCAAAGCUCCUGUGUACCUGUACUAUACACUGGAGAAUUUCUUUCAGAACUUUAGGGGGUUUCACAACGGGCACUCUCGGCAUCAAAUGAAGGGGGCUGAGCGGAUCAGCGGGAAAUACAAGGAGUGCAUGCCUUUCGAGCGGCCUGGACUUUUAGACGGAAGUGGCAGCACCAAAGUGCAUGUAACACUAGAUGGCACAUCGCAUACAAUGGAAUACCAGGAUUUUACAUACAAUCCAUGUGGGAUCGCGCCGUGGUCAAUGUUCAAUGACACAUUUGUCUUGUACCGCGUGGUGAGCUCACCUCCCAACGCAUCAGACGUGGAAUCCGAUGCGGAUCUCGUUAUGAUCUGCAACACCAGCGACUUUGGCGUGACUGGUGAGCCUCUGGGACAAAGCGCAUCCCCCAAUCACUGCCGCAAGAAGGGCAUCUCGUGGCCUGCAGAUGAGCAGGUGCGCUUCAAGUCGCUGAAGACUGGUGUCGGGCAGUGGUCACUGCGGUACCCGUACCCCAACGAUGAUGCGUACCUCACCAAUGGUUGGUACGCCAAUGAGCCUGGGCACAGAUUGACGGACCCGCAGGACCUCGACCUGCAGGUAUGGGUGCGUAGCGCCGCAGUGCCAAACUUCCGAAAGUUGCUUCGUAUAAUUGAUGUGGACUUAGAAGAAGGGCAAUACGUUAUGGAAAUUGACGAGUUUUUCGACGUCACAACACUGCAAGGCGCAAAGGGAUUUCUCCUCAACACUGCCUCGUGGGUGGGGAAAGAGAGCGGCGGUCUUGGCAUCGCCUUCCUCGUGGUGGGUUCGGUGUCCUUCAUCGUUGGAGUGUCAUUUGCCAUAGAGUACCUCCUCCGUUGGCGCACAUACGAGCAUACGCUGCGGGAACCCAAGGCGCGGUGGUACGUGUUUGAUCCCAACAGCGUUGAGAUGCGACUCUACUAUACAGAACGAACGAAGCGCUACGACAAACCAACAAAUGGAUGGGAAGAUGAAUCGGACGGAUAG